AUGGGUCUCUUUCGCCGCGGAGGCGGCAACGCCGACAGCAAUGGCGACGGCGCACAGAAGAAGGAGAAGGGGAGCUGGCGGCGCCCAGCAAACACCGCCUUCAAGCAGCAGCGGCUGAAGGCGUGGCAGCCGAUCCUGACGCCUAAGACUGUCCUUCCGACGUUGUUCAUCAUAGGCAUCAUCUUUGCGCCUAUUGGUGCGCUGUUGAUUUGGGGGAGUAGUCUGGUAUCUGAAAUAACCAUUGACUACACUGGUUGCGAGAAUCUCGACGCGCAAGACUCACUGUCCUCUGACACCACAUUCACAACCAUUCCCUCCAACAAGUUCAAGUACUCCCUGCGCUCAUCCGAGUCCUCGGCCACCCACACUGCUCCCAAAUACGCACGCAUCAAUAACUCCUCCAGCCCUGACCCGUCCCUGCAGACUGUCUGCGUCGUCCAAUUCGACGUCCCAAUCAAUCUUGACCCCAGCGUACUCCUUUAUUACAAGCUCACGAAUUUCUAUCAGAACCACCGGCGCUAUGUGAAGAGCUUCGACUCGGACCAGCUGAAGGGUAAGAACGUGAGCGCAAGCACCAUAAACGGCGGGGACUGCAAGCCUGUGGACACCGUCGGGUCGAAGAUAAUUUAUCCUUGCGGUCUUAUAGCAAACUCGAUAUUUAAUGACACGUUCUCAAAUUUGACGAACCUUGGCUCCAAUGAUGUAUACGCCUUCUCCGAGAGGGGUAUUGCGUGGCCAGGGGAGGCGAAGAAGUACGCGAGCACGCCGGGCUACAGUGCAGACGAGAUCGUGCCGCCACCGAAUUGGUACAAUCGUUACCCGCAGGGAUACAACGACAGCAACUUGCCGGAUCUGCACAACGACGAGCACUUCCAAAACUGGAUGCGCACGGCGGGGUUACCUACGUUCUCCAAGUUGUAUGGGAGGAAUGACGCCGAUACGUUGGUCAAGGGGACGUACCAGAUUACUAUCGGGCUCAAUUUCCCCGUGCAGAGUUACCAUGGAACUAAGUCUAUCGUUAUAUCGACUGUCUCUUGGAUCGGUGGCAAGAAUAACUUCUUGGGAUGGGCUUAUAUCGCCUCGUCAGGGCUCUUCGUCUUCUUGGCCAUUGCUGGGACAAUACGGCAUCUCCUCAAACCACGGAGAGUGGGCGACAUGUCGCUACUGUCAUGGAAUCGGUGA